CUGUGUAGAACUGAACAUUAUGUGAGAUUUGUUUUGAAGCUCUCCCACCGACUUUUGACAUGUUUGGAUGAUCAAAAUAGAAAAAGUGCUUUGAAAAUCAAUAAGCAUCCAUCUGUGACCCAUUUGGUCGCUCGACGUGAAUUAGGUCUUCAGCAAAAUCAUUGCAGUUUUGGUAGGAAUGCCUUACGCGCACUUAUUCUGUCAGUAAGUUUUGUUUUUCAUUUCAUUGCGAUGGGUAUGGUGAUUGCACAUAAAGCUCGAAGAGUCUAUAAUGUGGAUAUAAUGGAACCAUUGUGCUCGUUGAAUAUGUUGCAACAAUCAGAAAGAAUUCUUUCAACACUUUGGGUUGAACUUGUUGUAGACUUGCAGGAUGGUGUGUCAAGAAGUUCACCAUACUGGAUACUAAUUUUAACUCAAAGACGCUUAUUGUGUAUUGACCCUCUACAUCAGACUUUAGAAGCUGAGUUUAUACUGCCAUCGGAAUUAUGUAGCUUCAGUUCCUUGAGUCCCAACGAAUUAGGACGAACAUUUUGUUUGAUGGGUCAUGUGAUGCAGUCACAGAGUGGAAGCAAUGAUAGCAGUGGGGCAGAUUCUGUUGUUGGUUUGUUUGAUGUCUACCCAUUGAAAUUCAACGGCCUUUUCCGAGUUAGUAAAGAGGUGUUUGGAAAUGUCACGAACGUGAGCGUGAUAUCUGAUAUGGUCAUUAUCUUCAAAAAGAGGCCUUAUGAGACGGUAUUAUACACUUUAGCUGACUUUCAAAAUCAUACUGAGCAAGGUGUGUAUGGAAGAGCUGUACACAUCGAUAGAAAAAUAAUUUUGCCUCAACCGACUCUUAUUGUUUCAGAACCAGCUAUGUUUGCUAGAAUUUCCGGUAAUUGGUCAACACUGGAGUUCAGUGGUCUACCGUAUCAUUUACUAGGUGUUCCAUAUUCUUCAAAAGGAUCAUAUAUGCUAGUGGACGCUGCAACUAUGGUGCAACCGGCUGCUUUACCAUUUUCACUUCAACCAUCAAAAAACAUAUCUUUGCAAAUUGAAGGAGCCAGUUUAAUGUUUCAUUCGGAUGAGUCUGGACGGAUACUUCGUUUUGAGGGACCUGCACUGGUGGCUUAUAAAAUGCAGCGAGCAGUCAGUGGUGAGAUGGCAUUUGAAGAGGCAUGGCGAACAAAUUUGUGGGUUGAUAAUAAUUCAUUUCGUGAAAGGCGCGUAUGUAUGUCGAACAUGAAGUCAAGUUUUGGUCGUUUAAUCAAGCCAACAGGUGGUUACGAACAAAACUUUCAACUAGUAAUAAAAGGAGUCGACAUCGAUAUUGACAGUCAAAUUAUUGCUGUCAUCACGGAGUGUGAUCUUAAUUCACCAGUUUUUGAUAAUCCAGAUAGAGCAAGUGAACGUCGUCGCAAUGUUCGUAAUAUGUAUUUGGAAGAAGCAAAGUCAUGUGCUGUAAUCUUUUUAUUGGAUGAUAUGACUGGUGUUAUCUUGAAAAUUGCAAUGAUGCAUGAACCAGUUAGAGAAAAUACUAUAUUUCAUUACGAUAUGUCCGGAGUUUUAAUGUGUUUCAAUCAGCGGGGACCUCGGAAAUCUUAUCUAGAAGUUCAACGUUUACAGGAAAUUGGAGUAUUUGACUGGGAAAACGCAAGUUCUGAUCAGGUUUGUAAAAGGGAUUUGGAUAAUGUCCUGGCUGAGCAAUCCAAUUCAGACAAUCAUACAAAUGAGCAAAACCAGCGACGAACACGACUUCAAACUCGAAAUGCUAGGUCUCAAGAAGCAAAUAAUCGGGCAGCAUUAUCACGCUAUGAUGGAUCUCCUAAUAGAAGACUUGGACGAACAAAUGAUGCCAUACCAAGUGGAAGUCAUGAUAUAAUUAUUCGUAACCCACUUGACAGAGGAACUCGAGUCCUUCAUAUGGAAGAUUCAGAUUCUUCUGAUUCUGACUAUUUUCCUAGAGACUAA